AAACACCUGUCCCGUCAAACAUCUUUGUCUCUAUUCCUCACCUGUCUAAGAAUUAUACAUUUAAAGAUACAGUGUAUGUUUUAUAUAACACACUUCAAUGGAUAAACAAGUUAGACUUUUUUGUAUUAAUUGAUAGCUUUUCUAUUAAGUGUCAGUAAGGUUAAUUUGAGUGACAACAAUUGAUUUGUUUGGUUCAAGGUUUUAAUGUUUUAUUAGACCUGGAAGAAGGGACCACAUAUCUAGAAAGGUCAAUGUGCCUAGAUGAAACAACCCACAACUGACAUGCCAUUGUAUAAUGGAAUGUGAGACACUAUCAUAUGCAACAAAGAAUUUAGCACCAAGCCCUCCACCAGAACAAGAAUUUUCUUCAAAGAUGGUUGUAGAUCUUCAGUCACACAUGGGUGUUAUGGCUGAAACAACUAUAACAUCAUCACAGCAGUUUAAAAUGAUGGAUUCUGAAUCUAACGAUGUGUCAGAACAAAAUUACAAACUAAUGCCUCCAGAAAAUAUCAUGACACCAAGUCCAGAUAACCCACCAAAUAUAGAAUUCUCUGAAGUGCCAAAAGAUGAUAUGUAUAAUGAGAGAAACUCAAAUUCAAGCCCGCCAAAUUUAAGUCCAGAAGAAGGGAUGGAUUCCGAUCCAAUGGAACAAGACUGUAGUUCUACAGAAUCUCAGAUUGGCACUCCUGAUAAAAAUAAAUCACGGAGAAAACAGACUCUAGAGGACAUUGUGAGACGUAUGAAAGAGGUGGAGAACGAGAAUGGAUACUACAGUGGUGAAAGUGAGGAGGAUGAGGAGGAUAGAAUGCCAAAUGGUUUGAUGAUUGACAUGAAAAAUGGUUGUGAAAACAAAAUGGAAGAUGAGGUCGAUGGAGACGUGUGCCAAAAUUUAAUGAAACGAUUUAAUCAGGAUGAGCGAAUAAUGAAUGGACUUCGAGAAGGAAUCAAAAGACCAGAACAAUUCUCUGAACUAAAUGGCAACCAUAGAUCUCCUGCAAAUAGUGAAGAUCAAGAAAACAGAAAUAUUUUUGAGCAUCAUGAAAAAGAGUUAGCCGCCAAAAUUGCUGAAAUGGCUAACAAUGCAAAAUCUGCUGAUUUUACAACUCCACCUAAAUUAAAUGGUAAUUGGCUACAUGGUGCAUUCAGUGGUCUUCCUAUGUUCCCAUUCCCACCAGGGCCUCUUGAUCCUCAUCUCAACCCAAAUUUUCUACCAUUUAUGGAUAAAAAUAAAUUUUCAUCGCCUCAAGAACUUGCUGAAAAAGAUUACCUAAAAUGUCAGUAUUGUGAACGGACUUUUCGACGCCAGAAGAAUUUGGAAAAUCACAUUGACAACACACAUCAAGGAAAAGGGCCUGUCAGACGAAAGACGGAAAAUGCAAAUGGUGACAUGUACUUCAAAUGUACACAUUGUCCAUAUACAACUAAGCAUCAGAGUAACUUAUAUGUGCAUCUUCGUAUACAUACAGGAGAACGACCCUACAUUUGUGGAGCAUGCGGUGUACAGUACAGUCAAAGUCAUAGUCUAAAAAGUCAUAUCAUCAACAAACAUGAUGGCAUCAUGUCAUACUAUAUCAAAGAGAAGAGGAAUCGAUCUCCCAGAGGGAUGGGUUACCUGACACACGUGUCUCCAGAGGUCUCCAUGUAUAAAAUGUCAAACCCACCUUCAAUGGUCCCACCGAACCCCCUCCAAAACCAGCAGCAAUUACUUAUGUCACAGUCAAACAUUCCACUGCCAAUGAUGAUGCCAUCACCACAUCACCACUCACCUGGGCAACAGCAGCACUCGCCCAACAUCAAGUCAGAAAAUCUAUCGCCAAAAGAUCUGGUUUCACAAAUGGCCAUGCACCAUCUUGCAAAUCUGCCAAAAUCUAGUCCUAACAGCAUGAUGAAUGGUCAGAUGUCGCCAUUCUUCUCACAGAAUGGUCUCCAUCUCUCACCGUCAAACCAUCAAGAGGAGGAGCUACCAUUGUCGCUGGUAUCACAUAACAAGGUGCCACGCCCACUCCAAGAAAUCAACAUAACCAAUGAAGAAAACCAUGGUGCUAUGGAUCUAACCAAGAAAACAACACCAAAGCUAUCUUCUGAAUGCAAUAAUGUCACAAAGAAUGGAUCUAUCUGUUCUGGAUCAGCCGAGUGUGAUGACUGUGCACAUUCCAUGAAGCUGAAAAUGUUACGUCACAAUGUGGUCCGCAUGCUGAGUAUUCUGGUGCCUAACCUUAAUUUUGAAGAAAAAGGCAUUAGCGCUGAAGGCGAUUCUGUCGAUGAACUUUUACAUGAUGUUAUCCAAAGCAAUAUUCAAGACGAAGGAAUGAGUGACUGAGAUCUCCAUGGUAACAGUGAGGAUAGUCUGUCUCCGUCUGUUAUCCAAGAGUUGCCGAGUGCAAUAAUUAUCAUUGUUCAGUCACAUAUCAAAUUGUGCCAUAGGCAAGGCCUUGAACAUUAUAAUGUAGGGCAAUCUCCUAAGAACUCAUUUCAUAAAUAUCCUGUAGAUUUUUAUAUAAAAAUGGGCAUUUUACAUAGAUUUUCACAUUUUACUGUGUUACUGUUGCAUGGUGCAAACUUUUCAUCAAUGAAAUUUAAGAAAGGAUUUGUUUUCAUUCAUAAACAUGAAAAUUUAAUUAUGUAAACAUAAUUUGAAUUCAGAUUUUUGAAUAGUAGAAAUUUAUAUUUUUGAAAGUUUUAAAAUGUUUUUUUAUUGAAAACCACCGAAAUCUUUGUCGUGAAUUGGGUUGUUAGGAGACUGAUCUACACAUUCUCUCAAAAUACUAUAAUGUUAAAUGGUGGAGAGAGCCAUAUGAUUUCAUUUAGAUGUUUCUCAUUUGGUCGAAGACCGAUAUUUCAUUGUCAUUAUCAUGUAACGUUGUUUAUGCCAUAUUAAGACAAUGGUUCGUCCAUUUAACCAAAGAUAUUUUGAAAUGUCUUUUAUUUUUAAUCACAUUCCUGUAUGAUAAAGGUAAACCCAACUAUUUUGAAUAGACUUUAUUAUCUGUGUAUGUUGGUUGUUAAUGAUAUGUUGUGAACUAUAUUACAACAUGUAGGUGUAUGGUUGUGAAUUUCCCAAGAUAUACAUAUAUAUAUAUAUUCAUGUGCUUUAGAUUUAUAAGUGAAAAACUUGAAUAUAUAUCUUAUAUACAUGUUAAGUAUGAUGUUUAUAUUCUUAUUUAUGAUAAUGGUCACAUUUUAAUGUGAUUUAGUUAAUUUCUUUUAAAUGUCCAAUCAUUUGUGAAAUUUUUCUGACAUUUUUGUUAUGGGUCACAGAGAUUAGGUUGUUAUUAUUAUGAUAGAGCGUUUUGUAUCAAACUUCUGAUACUGCCAAAAUAACUGUUGCUUCCAUUUUAUUUUUUAUGUCUUCCAUUCUUUGUACAACAAAAUUACAAUUAAGUAAGGCGUCUGGUUCAAUUUUUAUUGAGAAAUACAUUUUAAACAGAUCACAAUUUCGGAGAUUGCUUUGAAAAUAUUGGCCAAGUGUUUAAGAUUCUGAAACAGCAAAUAAUUAAGUCAUUCUGUUGCAUAGAGCAACGAACAAUCAUGUGGUAGAUCUGGACAAUUUAAGCUUUUUAUUUUUUCAAGAAAAUGUGUUAUUUAAUUGUGAUAUCGAACAAAUUUGUAUGUUCAAUUCUUACUUUUGAAAAUGUCUAUAGUAAUUGCAUUCCAAUUAUACAUUUAAGCUUGCAAGUCUAUCUUUUAAAUGAUCAAAUUCUAGUGUUGUGUUUAUGAUUUUCUUUGAAAGAUUUCACAAAUGACAUUUUAUACAUGAUUAAUUGUGCUGUUGUGAAUUAGUGCUAGUAUGUCAUUUGUCUCGUGAAGUGUGUUUCUAUUUAUAUUUACUAUACAUUUCUUCAGAAUCAUUUGCAGAAAAGGUUUUGAUACAUCUUAUUUUCACUAAUUCUAUGCAUAGAAAAAAUACUGGGUAAUUUUUAUUCAAGAAAAUUUCCAUUUUAAUAAGUUUAUAUUUGGAGGUUAAAGAAGACCAACAAUCAAUCUCAAGUACUGAAACAGAGGCAGCAUAAAACAGCAAAGUACAUUUUAUCUAUAAAAAUAAUAUUUAAAAUAACCACACCAUUAAAAGUUAGGUUGUCAUUUGCUUAAUGAAAAAUUAAAGUCAUAAAUAAGAAGAUGUGGUAUGAGCGCCAAUGAGACAUCCCUCCAUCUUUGUCACAUAGAAUAUAGAUAUUUGUACAUUACCUUGAUAUCAGAAAUUUAUCUUUAUGGAAAUGAGAAAUAAGUUGUACAAUUUCUGUUAUUACCAUCCUUGUGGUUUUUUUAGUGAACAAACAGACAAUUACCAAACAGAUUUCUUAAUAUACUUACUUAUUUGAGAAAAAAAAAACUUUUAAUACUUGUACUGCAAUUAAAAUGAGAAGAAAUGUAUAGAAAAUAUUAUUUACCAGUUUUUAGUACUUAAUUUUGAGUGAGACUUUGUACAUAGUAUGAGCUAUUGUCAAAACCAUUUGUAGAUCAGUUGUACUUAUUUCUAUGUUAUUUACUAUUUAAUCAAAUGAUAAGUUGUCAACAUUCCGAUUGUUAAUAAGUUGUUAUUAUUUUUUAUAAAAAUCUUCCACAAAUCUUUGAGAAUUCCACUGCUGAUAAUAUAAUGAAUUUUUAUGUCAUAAUAUGAACUAAUGCUUGUGUCAUGUCAGUGGCAAAUAUAACACUUUCAGUUAAAAUGUUUUAAGAUCUCUUGGAAGGUUAGACUUUUAUAAAUUUGAACAUGGUAGACUAGAAGUCUGUUUAGCUAAUUAUUGUGUUGAAGUGAGACAGACAGAAAAUUGAAAAAGCAAAUUAAAUUUAUAUAACUUGUGAAAGUAAUUACAUUGUUUCAAUGUUUCAACUUACAUGGAUCAUUAAAUGUUUUAUUUUUGCCACUUAGAUGACAUAUGUGUAUAGAAUACUUUACAAGCUAGAAACAUAUUUACCAACAAAAGUGCCAUGUUUUACAGAAGCUUUUGUUUUGAAUGUGUUCAUACUUCUAUAUUCCCCUGUAACUUUUGCCUUAAAGCGGAUCACCUUUCUUUAGCAAUGCCCAAACAUUCCAAGUCUUUGUUGUGUUAAAUUGCCUUUAAAAAGUUUUCUGCAAAAUACUUUCAUAUCUAACUAUUAGCCCAUAUAAACUAUGAAUGCAUUUUAUGAAUCAUAUUUAAAAUUCCUAGCAAUAAUUUUUUUUUUGAAUUGUAAUACAGCACAAUAUUAUUUUGAAUUAAGCCAUAUGCCCCACCUAGAAAGUUAAUUUUGUAUUUAAUGUCUUAAUGUAAGUAUAUGUUAAAUUCAAGGUCAGUUCUAUCUUUUUUAUAAAGCCAUGAACCACUCGUUGUUGAAAGCACACAUUCCAACCAAUGUAUUUCAUAAAUUUCUGAUCCUUUGCAUAUUUUAACUUUCUGAGAAGAAAUACUAUUAGCAAAUUAAGUCUAAAGGAGUUUUGGGAUUUAUUUUUUUUAUCCUGAUACCUGAACCAAUAGAAAUAAGUGCAUUAAUUUAUGCAGAUGCCUGAACCAAUAGUAAUGAUUGUAUUAUUUUAUCCUGUUACCUAAACCAAUAGAAAUGGGUGUAUUAUGUUAUCCUUUUACCUAAACCAAUAGAAAUGAAUGUAUUUUGCAGUUAACUUAAUCAUUUAUCUUUUUAUCUCCAUCAAAUACAAUAACAGAUGAGGCAGCAUUUAUCAUCAUCAUCAUUUAUAACAAAAAGGUGCUGACUUAUGCAUAAAUUAAGGAUUUUUAGUAGGUGCUAAUCCUUCCAUCCAGAUUGUCAUAGCACAGAUAAAGGACAGCUUAUGUAUAUUCCUAUAUUUUUUAGUUUGUAGUUUUUUUUUACCAGUAUUAUUAUUUUGAACUACAAAUUAAAGCUCAUGUAUUCUAUUAAUCUGUUGUGUUCAUCUAUGUGUUCUUAUGCAAGUCAAAAUAAGGAGGUUCAUUAACAUAUAUGCUUUUGUUAAUGUAUAUUUUCAACAACAUGUAAACCAUCCAUAUGGUAUCAGCAUGCUUUUACAGUUUACUGAUGAAAAUAUUCCAUUUCAAAUUUGUUAAACUAAUUAAAAAAAAGUUAUUUAUAGAAAAAGUUUAGAAUAUUCCCUUUGAUUUCUUAUAAUGCUGAAGAAAUUUUUAUUUUGAAUUACUAAUGUGUAAGUUAUUGAAGAAGCAGCUGAUACUAUAUAUAUGGACCUUUAUUUACUGACUGCAGCAUGGUGUUCAAAGCGGUGCAGAAUCUCUAGUCCCAAAUUUAUUAAGCACCAGUUGAGAAGUUCACGAGUCCUGGUUUUAUUUUGUUACAAUCGUUUGUUAUUUUUUAUAUAUUUCUUUUUGAAUGACUUUGUUUUUUUCUCUUUUUACCAAAGUUUUUGUUUGUAUAUAAUUUGUGCUAACAUUUGUUGUGUUUUUGUUUUAAUUGUAGCCAUUUUGUGUUCAUUUAUUAUUUUUUUCUUUGUACAGAAAGGGACAUGAUGUUUCAGGCUGUUUUUAAUAAUUGCCUUCUUUGACCACUGGUCAGACUGUUGAAAUGGCAUCUAUCCCACAAACACUGCCGUUUUAUACGUUUAAAACACUUGAUGAAUUCUUGUAACAAAUUUCAAAGGUUAUUUUGAUAUUUUCAAACCACUUUAGUUCAAAAGAAAUUCUCAAAAAUAUCUGUUUUGUUCUAUCAAGAACCUCUACAAUAUGAAUUGAAUAAUUUUGCAAUCUUUUAUUAUCUUAAACCCCCAAAAAACCUUAUGGUAAUAUUUUAACUCAAAUCCUUUUAAUUUCUUCGUUAUUUCUGUAAUUAUAAUAAAUCCUUAUUCAACUUUAUUGAAUAGGUGAUUUGGCUAUUGGUUCAAAAUUAGAAACAAAUGUAAUACUUAUGUGUUCAAAUUUCUCUACUUUUUUAUAAGAGAAACAAAAGUUAAAUGAUUGAAUAUUUUUUUGCUGCUAUAUCCUUAAUUUGUACUAUAUUUUGUCUGAUCUCAAUUAUUUGCAUAUCAUUUUUCUUAAUUCAGGUAUUUUUUUUUUUAAUUUGUUAUUGUUAUCCUAAUUUGUUUAUGUUCUGUUGUUUUGUUUUAUGCUUAGCUGUUCUGGUUAUCAAAGUUGCAAAUUAAACAUAUAUGUGGUAAUAAAAGUUAAUAAGAGGACAGAUUUGAUGAAUAGUUUACUUGUAAUAUUUAAUUUAGAUAAAUUAUGUUAUAUUUAUCUGAUUUUUUCAUAACAUUCAAUUCUUUAAUUUAAUUAAAAAGUGUAAAGUGUGUGUCAAUAUUAAGACAUAUCACUUUGCGCUUGAAAGUUUAAACAAUGCUUAUUAUAAAAAAAAAUGCAGCGCCUGACUACAUUCCAAUAAAACUAUUGUACAGCAUGCAAAUAUAAAUUUUAAGAUAAUAAAAACAUAAAUAUGUUUAUAUAUAUAUUUAUAAAUCAAAUAAGUGUCAACUGUUGUAAGCUUUUGAUUAUAUAUCGCUUUUUCUUCCAAAAUGACGAUUUAUGAGAUCUUCCCGUCCUUAAUCAGCAAUACUCUCCUGUCGUAGAACAAUUUGUAGUUUCUUCAGACUUCUAAUAUGUAAUUAGGCAACAAUAAGACAAUUAUGUAUAUUAAGUAGAAAAAUAAUUAUUUUUAUUUGUAAGUAAUGUUUUUGUGAAUAGAUGUUGUACAAUAAAAAUCUCAUUAAUAAAUAAAUGAACAAUUACAUAUGUAUGAUGUACAGAAUCUCCAUAACAAGCUUCUUACUAUGAAUGAACAAUUAAUGUGUAUAAAGAUAUUUUUAAUUAAGUGCUAAUAUAAAAGAUAAAUGUUGUCUGUAGAGAAAAUGGUUAGAAGUAUUUUUUAGCAGAUGACCUGUUUUAAAACAUACAUUGUAGUCUUUAGUGGUCAGAAGUAUCUUUUAGCAGAUG